UCAAGCAUGACAUCCGUACCAUGUGCCAAGAUGCAUUGAGAUAUAAAGAUGGCAAUGAUUUGGAUGAUGUAAAGCAAAUUGUUGUCUCCUUCAUACAACUAGCAAAGAGACUAGGGAACCCAAGGUACAUUUUUGAGAGAAACGGAGCAGCAGCCCAGGACAGCCUGGACAUUAGUCAAUAUUCAUUUGAUACUAAACUCAAAAAGAAGCAAAACAAAACAAGAGCAAAUUUGGUGGCUGCUGGAGCAGAUAAUUCAUCUCGUGCAUUUGACCUUGAAAUCAAAAGAAGCCUGUCUAAAUUAAAGAAAAAGGAUGUCUGCUCUGGUAGUGAAACAUCUGAUGAUGAUGGCUACUCUGAAGGUGAUGAAACUGAGAGUGAAACUACUGUUUCUGAUACUGAGAGUGACUUUGAUGUAAAUUCUGGAGCCUGGGAUUUAAAAGGAAAUGGCCUAAAGUUAACUGAACAUGGGGAGUCUGUGAUCGAUGAUCGUAUAUUAGGUGCCCGCAUGACAAAGAGGAAGUCUAUAGAAUCAAGUCAGCUUGUCACUCAUCCAAUUGAUGAGAUUCUGUAUUGGCACAAUGCUGUUCCGAGAGAACUAAGUGACAUAGCAGGAUUUAAUAUGAGGCUGCAGUUUAUUGCAGAUGUGCGCAUUUUCCAUAGGCAUAUACUUGUACCUAGUACACUUGUCCAAUCAGCUGCAAAUCCUUGGGAGAUAUGA